GAUGGCGGACAUCCAAGUGGAAAGUUAUGGUCCUGUUGGAAAUAAUGUCUUUUCUGGAACGCCAUCUCCUUUACCUCGGCCAUAUUUACCGUCCUUACCACCUGAAAAAACCAUCAAGCCUUCUUACUCAAGAUUUCUCAUCGAAGCACCAUUUUCGGCCUUAGCUGGUGUGGUUGCAGAUGCAAGAGAUCCUCCGAAGCCCCCUAUGCUACCACGCAGUAGAAACAGAAUUCAAGUUGGAUGCACCAACCGUUGGAGACUUCCAAAUAUACUUGGUAGUGAUCUUUUGGGCUCAUCACAAGCCCUUAAGUCUGUUACAAGUUCUUAUAAUGACACUAUAAAGGCAGUCAUGACUGCUGACUGUCCAAUGGCAACAUGCAACCAUGCAGAGUUAGGUGGAGAAAGAUUGUACAGGAGUGCAAUACAUUCCCUGAUUUCUCCCAGAUUUCUUAAGUCACAGCCAACACCUGGUCUAAACAGUACAAAGGAGUUUGAUCGUCGCCUUAUUCGUUCACAACCAACCUCUUAUGCUGGAUCUACAAGAAACACAAAUGGACAUGGUGGACUUUCUUCAUUUCAUCUCCAGCAAAUUGACUACCAAAGAAAUGUAAUUCCACCAGCAAUGAGAUCCCCAACUCCAAUGGAACUGUUUUUGUGCAGGUCUCAAACUGCUGGGCUUCAUAAAGUACCAGAUGUCAUAGUUUAUGCUUUGGAGACUACUUGGGAACUUCAUAAACCUUAUCUUCAAAAGUCUUCUUUACUGAGUUCAUUGCUGAAAAAAGCUGAGAUGACUGGUAUGAGAAACAUAGAGGAAAAGGCAGAGGAUGAAGCAUUAAAUCCUGGAGAAACAGUUGAAAGUAAUCUAGAUGCCUUGAUAACAGCUGCAAGCUUAGCAAACAUGGAUCCUUCUGCUGUGACUUCAGACAUGUCAGUUGGUAGAAGACGAUCCAGCAGUGAGUGGUACAAAAGCCAGUUAACAUUUAAACUGAGAGUCAGGGAUCCACUCAUCACAAAACAAACUUUUGCCCUUGCUCUCUCUGCACUCUAUGAGAGUGAGAUUGAAAUGAAUGUAAGUGAGGCAGAUGUUGUUGGUGUCUUGGCUGCUGCCACUUUCUUGGGAUUCACUGCUUUGGAAAAAUUGUGUGCUGAUGUCAUGUUAAGAUCCAUUGCUGCUUGGUCUGUCUGUGCAUUUCAUGCUGCAGCUUUCAAGAACAAGCAAACUUCUGUCAUGGAUGCGUGUGAGAGGUGGCUGGAGCUCAAUUUAAUUCCACAGCUCUCAGUUCAAAUAUUCUUGAGUCAUUUGCCACAGGACCUUCUGGAGAAGUGCUUGAAAUCUACUAAGCUUUUCACAUGGAACGAGUAUUCUUUAUACAAGAUGUUGGCUUACUGGAUCUUUCUUCAGCAACACCCCAGCUUGCAGUUGAUGCCUUCAUGGGGAACUGUUGUUACGUGGUUUAUGAGUUUACCAAAAAUCACUUCAUUUCUUGAGAGGGAAGAGGGUCAUGGCUAUAUGAAUUUAUUCAGGGCUGUUAGACUGGCUGGUAUCACAGAAAGUUCACAGCUUGAUGAGCUGCAAAAGAUGAACCUCAUUCCUCAGAACUGGUUACUACGUAUCUACAGCCAACAUUAUCACGCGUUACAAGGAGGGGGUGAUAUGUCUUUGAUGACGAGAUUUGAACACGGAGCAUUACGUAAAGGUUUCAUAUUGGAGGAGCAUUUGAAGUACCACUCGGAAAUAAUGUCACUUCAUGGAUUUCAUUUCGAAAUUAAAGCAGUCAAGGAUGAAAGCAAUUCCAAAUAUUCCUUCUUUCUCCAGAGAUUAAAACCAAAUGAUCCAGUGCUAUCAUUCAGAGCCUGUGAGCGCCAUACGUUCUCUAUGCGUCAUGAUAGAGAGGUACGGUAUUGCAUUCGUGUUCAGUGGCUAGACAGCGGAGUAAACAAAGUUUUUUCAACGGGAAUUCUCUGUCAGAGUUUUGGCUUCUCAGGAAAAGCAAAGCAAUCAGAGGUUGUAACAGUUGAAGAUGUGCGUAUGCCGCUCUUCGUAACCGUGUCGUUAAUGUUCCCACCGUCUUAACCUCUGAUAUGUAGAUAGAAUCUUGCGCCUCAGUGAAAACUGUUUUUUUUUUUUACUGUUUAUUAUUUCAUACUUGUACAUAGUGCUUUUGAAACUCAGUUUUUUUUUCAAAAUAAUAAGCUGUAUCCUUUGCGAAUAAAGGUAUGCGAAAGUUGUUGGGAA